AUGUGUGAUGAACAUGACACAUCGGAACAAUACUAUUUACAGAGGUCCACGAAAGUAUUCAAAAGAAAGCCCCUCCUACGACAACAAAAUAACCGCAGUAAAUCUUACAGCAACAAACCUCCAUCUCCGCCUCUUGUUAAUGGGCAUACAAAUUAUUUCGGUCUAACGUUAAAAGGGGAUGGUUGGUAUGAGAAUGGUCAAAAAGAUAAUGACGGAGUAGAAGAAGACAAAAAUUCUAGUCACACGAGCAGAGGUCUUGUAGAUAGUGUUGCACAUGCAGAUUUUUUCUUUGAUGAAGACAACGGUAACAGUGAUAAUGCUGCCGGCGAAAGUAACGGAAGUGAAAACAACAGGGAUAGCAAUUUUGAUAAUGAAGAUAAAAAUGAUGCUGCUGCUGAUGAUGAUGAUUACCCUGUGACCAAAUCAAGCUCGUUACGUGUUGACAGCAUUGCACCAGGGAAAAGCAUUAAAGAUAUUAAAUCAGCUACCGAGGAAAAAUUUUUUAGCCUACCAGUUAACACUGGCUUGGAUGACCAAGUCAGAUCUCAGACAAUCGCUAUUACAGCGGGGGACAACAAUGGUAACACGGCGAGUUAUCCACCAAGCCUAAAACCGAAGACUUCGUCACCAAGAUUAUCUCGAGGAAAUUGGGCGGAAUUAGAUUACCUUUACAAAAGUAGAAUACCAUCUCUAGAGGCGACAGGCAUCAAUCAGAAAUUUCUUGAGCGGCACACGACAGAUCCAAGUCUACAGCAUGUCUCCCAGCCUGGUGAUUUUAAUCUUCCGAAAAAUUCCGCGCCGCUUGCGGAAUGGCCCAUGUGGAGUCUGCCACCUCCUGACGCUUCUGAAACUGGACAUCGAUGGCGUCACUCGAGUGGACUGCAACCUUCCUUUGUGGGUAAUCAAACUGGGGGACAAAGUAACUGGAAUGAUGAGCCACGUGCAUUAAAGUUACCCACAGUAAAAUCGCAUACGCCCAAGGCCACUGCAACAGUCACAGAGUUGCAGCGUAGUGCGGGUGUAACAUCUUGGAGUGUUCCUUCAUACAGCUAUCAAUCAAGUGUGUUGCCUGAAAACUGGCAAGAACGUUUCCUGGAGCCUUCCACACCCAAUUCGUUUACAGAAAACCGAGAACAUGUUCAUCCUGUGACUUCAUCUGAAAUAUCUCCUUUAAGGAGAGAGGAUCAUGAGAGAAAUGGUGCUUUGGCAUUAUCACCUGAGUUCCCGGAUGAUCUCUCACUUGCCGCACUAGAACGCAAGGUGGCGGAGGCAUGCGCAGUAGUUGAAAGGGUUAUGAAAGAACGCGAAGAAAGAACAAAAGCGCAGCGUGAGGCAGCGCAAAAGAAAAGAGAGAUGAGAGAACAAAGAGAAAGAGAGGCAAGAGGAAUGAGAGAAAGAGAAGAAAGAGAAAGGAGAGAAAGAGAAGAAAGAGAAAGGGAAGAGAGAAAAAUGAGAGAAAGACAAGAGAGAGAAAUAAGGGAAAGAGAAAGGAGGGAACCAGUAGAAAAUGAAGACAGGGAUACAAGGUGGUUUGGGAGAGAACGAGCACCGGUUCAAGAGAGCCCGCAAUGGCAGUGCGUGGAUUAUCAGCGACGUUGCCUCGUAAAGUUUCCUUGCUGUGGAAUCUUCUACCCGUGUCACCGCUGUCACAAUACAUCGGGGGCGUGUGAUACUGAUGACAGGAAGGCAAAUAAUGCGACGCAUGUCAAGUGUGGCAUCUGUGGACACGAAGAAGAGGUCAGUGGCUUUGUUCUUACGGUUAUUCCUAUGAAUUGCUUUGCGCAUUCUCGCUGCGCAUAAAUACACGCUUGAUUAUCGCGCACAUGAAAAAUAGCGGCUUUUGCUGUAAGGUUGGAGUUCGCUAGAGGUAAAUAUUCAUUUAUCUCUUAAACGAGUAUGGUCACCUAUCAUUUUUCUUUCCUUUAUUNAAGUUUCCUUGCUGUGGAAUCUUCUACCCGUGUCACCGCUGUCACAAUACAUCGGGGGCGUGUGAUACUGAUGACAGGAAGGCAAAUAAUGCGACGCAUGUCAAGUGUGGCAUCUGUGGACACGAAGAAGAGGUCAGUGGCUUUGUUCUUACGGUUAUUCCUAUGAAUUGCUUUGCGCAUUCUCGCUGCGCAUAAAUACACGCUUGAUUAUCGCGCACAUGAAAAAUAGCGGCUUUUGCUGUAAGGUUGGAGUUCGCUAGAGGUAAAUAUUCAUUUAUCUCUUAAACGAGUAUGGUCACCUAUCAUUUUUCUUUCCUUUAUUAAAUUGAGCGGCAACUUCCUUUCUCUAGGUGUUAGACAAAUUGCGGGGCAGAAAAGAAAACAAUGGUCGGAAACGAGUGUACAGCCGCCCCACUCUCCUCUCCGAGGGGAAGGGGCAGCUGUACACAGGUUACAGAAAACACGGUCAAAUUUUCCUGUACUUGUGAAUAUAGUUAAAGUGAUGUUGUAAGGAAUUUAAGGUGCUGCUGCUCCCAAACGAUAAUUCUAGGUUUUCACUGUCACGCAAUCAAAAAUAAAAUUGUAAACCAUUCAAUACAGAAAGUCCAGAAUCUAGGAAAUAAAAGAAGAUAAAUAUGCAAAAGGCCUCGCCAAGAAUCAGAACUGUGGAUAUCUCAUAUGCGAGAUAUUCGGAAAAACGUUUUACCCAAAUUUAUAAAGCUUUGCAUGGAGUCGCCAUGUUUGUGUCCCUUUGAGGGGCACAAAUAUGGCCGCCGGAAACCAAUAGAAACAUCUGCUUUUGAGUUUUGCUACUAAUGCGUAGCUCCCCUAAAAACGCCUGCGUGGGAGGCUAACUAAUGCGUGAAUUCUUCGCUAGAAAAACUCAUAAAGGAUUAAAGUGAUAUUUACUCGGAGACAAGGAAUGCUUAGAUAGCAAAAUCUCCCAAAAUUGGUAAUGUUUUUAACCCACAUAAAAGCCUUCAAGGCCGCCAGCUAAAUGCCGCGUCACGCAAAAGCCUAGAAAUUCAAACACCCUCUAUCGCAAAACGAAGAACCCUUUCGAACCAAAACUUGUUUAAAUAAAGGUGUUUAGGAGCUGUAAUACCUCAUGAAACUCAGAAUCUCAGAAGAAUCGAUAGUUUCUUAGUUUGAAUUUUGGUGACGUCAUGUGAAAACUGAGAAUUGAACGCUCCUCCCUCCACCACCGUUGUUGUUGUCUUCAUAACAUUAUCAAAAGCCUGGCUAAAUAGACAACUAAUCGGCAAAGUUUGACAAAAUUCUAUUUCAGGGGAAUGACCUUUUAAAAAUAUAGACUUAGUCUGUCACAAUCAAAUCUCAACAGUGAUGAAUACUGCAGAUAUGCUCUUGGAAAGAUCAGGAGGAUAUGAACUUUUGUAAGAGAGCGUAUCACUUAGUGUACAUCUCACAGUGUUUCAUACUCUACUUCAACUUAUUUUAGCACUUGUCAAAACUAACUGUUCCUUUUCUGUCUCUUUCUUUUCUUUUGUAAAAUUUAGAUCAAUGAGGGAAGUCAGCAUUGCAGCAGCUGCGGCGAACAAAUGUCAGCGUAUUUCUGUUUUAUAUGCAAAUAUUUUACCGGGGUGGAAAAGAACCUAUUUCACUGCGAUAAAUGUGGUAUUUGUCGGUAAGUUGUUACUUAGAUGUUCGAUAAUUAGUUAUAACCAAUUUUAAACUAUUCCUUUAGCUCCCUCCUUAAGACGUCGAUUCGGAAAGAACAGAAAAUUUGCCAUCUCUUCUUAAAGAACCCAGGCUAUAUUCUGAAGACAUAAGGGACAGGUUGAGACAAAUUCAGUUUUUCUUCGUGGUUGUGGUUAGUUUUGUAGAGGCGUUGGUUGAUGGUCUGAAAAACCGAAGGACGUGACUGCAUUUUAAAAUAAACGUACUAGCUUUGGUAUUGUGUUGUUGAUAGUUAUUUAAAACUGCUAUCAUCUGGGUUAACGUUAUACGACUUCACUGAGUCACUAGGUGCAUAAUGGGGACAUGUGCAGGCAAAUUUGAUACGAUGGCAUUGAAAAUUAAUGCUUCUCUGCAAAAGAAAAAGUUAGGGCGAUUUGGAGACAAAAGGAUUAUUGGCUCUGUAAGAGUUUCAUUUACUUAAAACUGAAGAAAAUCAAUCAAUCUUUCAGAAGCUUUUUUUGUUUUUUGUCUUGAAUAGUAUCCACAAGGACAAAUCGUUUCACUGUGAUGUUUGCAACGUGUGUCUGGACAAACGGCUUGAAGGGAAACAUAAGUGCAGGCCCGAUUCCGGACACGACGAGUGUUGUAUAUGCUUAGAGGUAAGUGAAGACUGACUAUUUUUCACCAAGAAGACUUGAUUACAUGUACAUCCGCGACAGUUAUGCAUCUCUUUUUUUCGAAUAGUCAAACUCGUAUUGUUGCUAAACUUGCAUGAAGUUGACAAGGGAGGUGGAAAUAAAUGACCUCUGGGGACUAAGUCCUGUUUUGUUGAUAUGGUGGAACACCAGUGAUGUUCCACUGCAUCAAGCUUUAGAUUUUUCACUUGUCCCUCGGGGACGGAGAAAUGUGCAAUGGUUAAUACAUUAUAAAAUUCCCCCUUUUGAUUUGUAUCCCGCCGGUGCUGACAGUUGCACAAUAAUUGACGGCUUAAUCUCGACUACAAAUAAAACGUUUCUUUCUGAGUACCAAACUUUUAUACGCUUCUAACGUAACAGAUAGUUUUGACAAACCCAGUUUGCACAGUAAAGUGUGCUGCCAUAUUUAUAGUACAUGCGUUUUGUUCACUGAGAGCAAGCUAGGUGAAACGGGACGACGCAUGUUUACGUUGUAAUUAAAUCAACUUUGUGUAUUCUUCACAGGAUGCGUUCAGCGGUUGUCAGAUCCUGCCAUGCUCGCACAAGGUCCAUAAGGAGUGUGCCAUUGCUAUGAUUCAGAACGGAGUGUAA